AUGGCUCCCGCGCAAUCCUUCGUCACCAGCUAUGCUCCCCGGAUUCGUCAAUACGCCAACACUCUCCUCCAACCUAUCCUCCAAACUCAGAAUCUCGCGCCGACCAGUCGCACGACUAAACGAGGGACAACGAUAAUCAAUUAUGCCGACGAUGCUUAUGACGAAGAUGACUUUGACGAUGGUGACGGUGCGAGGCGACCGACAGGCCUGCGAUCGCUCCGGCGCGAAGAACUGGAGAAGAAGGAGCCGCAACAAGUGAAGGUCGGCAAGGAACUACAUGAACCCGUCGAGUUACAACCCAUAUACAGAGAUUGGAUCAUUAGGAGGACGAAUAGGCCCACAACCGAUGCGCAAGCCCAUGUCCAGGCACAACUCCCCCUCACUCUUAUACCCAUACGGAUUGAUUUGGAUGUGCCGCCGCAUCAGCCGGAACCACCCUAUCCACUGCCUCGAAAUGGAAUGGACGUAGGCGUGAACGCCUCCCUUCCCAUGUACAAGAGACCUGAGAUGGCCCCGGGUUACAAGAUUCGCGACAUCUUCCUCUGGAACCUGCACGAAGAACUGCUCACCCCCGACGACUUUGCUGCCAACUUCGUCCGAGAGCUUGACCUACCGAACCAGAACGCGCUUGCCAUGAACGUCAGCCAGCAAAUCCGCACGCAAUUAGAAGACUAUGCAGGCGUCGCCAUGCAUCCCCUGUUUCAUACACAGCCGAAACGCGCACAGAUGGCGGACGCCAACAAUGCCCCGACACCUUCGGCCAUGGCAAAUGAAAGCUCUCGAGACGGAACGCCCCGGCUACUGCUCGGAGGAUCAAUAUCACGGCCAGCCUCCACGACACCUGGAACCCCAGUACCUUCAACUCCUCGACCCAUCACGCUGAGCAAUGGCGCAACCGUCACGGCUACUGCCUCUCCCCUACCGCGCGAACCACCGACAGAUUCUACUGAUGAUGCUGCUGCUGGAGAUCCGACCCUCAAUCCGGAUGACACUUAUCGUUGUGUCAUCACGUUGUCCAUCUAUCUCUCUUCCAGACUCUACCAAGACAAGUUUGAAUGGUCAUUACUACACCCAUCUGGAGCCGCCGAAGCCUUUGCGAAGCAAACAUGUGCAGACAUGGGACUGGGUGGUGAAUGGGUCAUGGCUAUCACUCAUGCAAUCUACGAGGCUGUGCUACGGUUGAAGAAGGAGGCUUGUGAAGGUGGCAUGAUCAUGAUGGGAGGUGGUGUCUGGGGUGGAGGAGAAAUUGACAAUCAAGCAGUACGUGCUGAGGAAGGGGCUGGUUGGAGAUACGACGUGGACGAUUUCGGGGCUGAGUGGGAACCGAAAUUCGAGGCAUUGAGCAAGGAGGAGAUCGAAAAGCGAGAAGGCGACCGAGAACGGCAACUGAGGCGGUUACGGAGGGAGACUGCCAAAUUCAGUUCCACGGCCGGCAUGGUACCAUCAGCUCGGGAGCAAGAGGCCCAACAACGCGGCAGCUACUUCGACUAUAUUUCGGUGGGGAUGAAUGGCAAUGAAACGCCGCUCAUGGGCCGUGGAGAACGGAACAGAAGGAAGCGAAGGUUCCGAUCGAUCAGCCCGGUGUCUAAGGCACAGACCCCAGAGGGCGGAAGUUCAGCUGGUGCUGGCUGGGGAGGCGAGGGCAACCGACUCCAAGAACAUGAGAGGCAAAAUUGGAGAUGCAAGCAUUGUCUCAUCCCCGGCAACGCAGUGUGGGCUGUCCGAGAUGGGCCUCUUGGACCAAGAACGUUGUGCAACAAUUGUGGACUGAUCUACGAACGAGACAAGCAGCUUCCGGUCUGGGCGAAGGGUUUGCACAAACAUACCGUUCCACUGGGACGAUGA